AUGUCGCGAAAUUCUACCAAUCUCGAGAUCAGUCAAAAGUUGGAAAUGGAGCAAGCGCAACAGCUGAUCCAGACCCUGCCACAAGACUCGCCCAUGACGGCCUUGUUCACCAUGCUCACCAACAACGUGCUCACCACCAAACAAGUGCUCAACACCGUCCCAGAACUCAAAGCCAAGCUGGCACAAUAUGAAAAAAGCAUCAACGAGCUGACGGCACGCAACAAGGAGCUUGAGAAAAAAAACGCUGCACUCAUGGCCAAAGUUGAUCAGAUGAAACAAACAACUGCAAGCUCCAAGGUGGUACAGAUCCAAAAGAAGCCUGCUAGCACAACAACAGCAACACGAUCAGCAAAAGGCACACAGGCAUCAUCAUGGGCCAAUAUGGCCAAAAAGUAUCGACCUGAUCAGCAACGUACAUGCACAAUGAGAAAGUACGAUGCAGCUAUUCGAGCUUUUCAACCUAUGGAUCCAGACGCACCAAAGGGGUAUGAUUAUAUUUAUAUCCCAAGAUCACACCGCAUGUCGUAUCGUGAAGCUAGGGCCAAAUUGAGAACGAUUGGCAUUGACACGUACCGCGUUUUGGAUAUCACAUUCCCUGCCAAAGACACAUUCGGCAUCUUGAUCCAUGCACAAUACAAAGAGGAAUUGCUGGCAACGUUGAAGCAAGCCAAGAUCAAAGCGUUGAGCAACUUUGAUCCCUUGGAUCCAAAGCAUAUCGCAGACCCGAAGCACGUAUCAAAGACCACCGAUGAAAAAGUGCAAAUGGCCAUGCAACUCAACUUGAAUCGAUGCAGCAGAGCUAUAGCCAGAAUGAGAUUCCACAUUGCAGUCAACGUUGGCAAGUCAUUCGUUGAACAUGGAUUUAUGGACAGGGAUACGUUAUCAGAGGCUUUGGAAGGAUGUGCAGGUUACGUUCCACACCGCGACGACCCACAAUAUGAUGGACGCAACACCCCUAUGGAGGAAGAUGAUGAUGAGGCGAUGGAGCAAGGCUCGACUCAUGAAGAUCAAAAUGAGUAA